AUGACUGCCAAGCACUGCUCACAUUAUGAGUCCUGGUGGUACUCAGACACCGCCCGCUACGAGUACCUCAAGAGCGACCUCUUCUGGACACUCGCAGUCCUCAUCAUAGUCAAUUGCUGGUGGUCAGCCAAGCAAGUCGAUUCAUUUCCCGAUGAAAACGACCAAAAUGACAAAAAGGACGAAAAAGAUACUUCUAUCAUUAAAUCCAGCCCUGCAACCCCGCCUCGUCCUGGCUUUUGGCUCAAGGACCGCAUCACGUCACGACUUCGCAGAUAUCUCGCCCUUUCGGUCUGCACAUCUGUGUUCCCUCUCCUGCUUCUCCAUGGUUCCUGGGUCGUUAUAUCUGCCUGGCGGAUUUCUUUCGGGCUGGUUAAUCGCACAUACCCAAGUUCACUCAAGCCGCGCAUGCUGGGCUUGGUCAUCUACUCGCCAAUUGCUACUAUUGUCUUGCUAGCCUGGGUAGCUAUCUUGGGUGCUGGUGUCUUUAUUCUCGCGACGCAGAUUUUGCUUUGGAUCAAGAUCUGGGAAAUCAAGACUAAUAAGCAAUCUAUCGUUCCUCUCCAAAAAGAUAUUACGAAGGAGGUUGAUGGGGAUAGGGAUGGGGUUGGGCAUAAAGACGGCAAACAAGAGAACACUAAGGAGACUUAG